GGGGGACAGAUCUUAGCCACUCCAGGGCCCCUCUCGUGUUCUCUGAUGCGAUCCUGCUUCUCAGAAGAUGCACUAUUAUAGAUACUCUAACGCCGAGGUCAGCUGCUGGUACAAGUACCUCCUUUUCAGUUACAACAUCGUCUUCUGGUUGGCUGGAGUUGUCUUCCUCGGAGUCGGACUUUGGGCAUGGAGCGAAAAGGGCGUGCUGUCCGACCUCACCAAAGUGACCCGGAUGCAUGGAAUCGACCCUGUGGUGCUGGUGCUGAUGGUGGGCGUGGUGAUGUUCACACUGGGCUUCGCUGGCUGUGUGGGGGCCCUGCGGGAGAACAUCUGCCUGCUCAACUUUUUCUGCAGUGCCAUUGUGCUCAUCUUCUUCCUGGAGCUGGCCGUGGCCGUGCUGGCCUUCCUCUUCCAGGACUGGGUGAGGGACCGGUUCCGGGAGUUCUUCGAGAGCAACAUCAGAUCCUACCGGGACGACAUUGACCUGCAGAACCUCAUCGACUCCCUUCAGAAAGCUAACCAGUGCUGCGGGGCAUACGGCCCUGAAGAUUGGGACCUCAACGUCUAUUUCAACUGCAGUGGCGCCAGCUACAGCCGCGAGAAGUGUGGGGUGCCCUUCUCCUGCUGUGUGCCGGACCCCGCGCAAAAAGUUGUGAAUACACAGUGUGGCUAUGAUGUCAGGACUCAGCUGAAGAGCAAGUGGGACGAGUCCAUUUUCACGAAAGGCUGCAUCCAGGCGCUGGAGGGCUGGCUCCCGCGGAACAUCUACAUCGUGGCUGGCGUCUUCAUCGCCAUCUCACUGCUGCAGAUAUUCGGCAUCUUCCUGGCGAGGACCCUGAUCUCGGACAUCGAGGCGGUGAAGGCAGGCCACCACUUCUGAGGAGCCACUUCGUCCGAGCAGAGCUGAGCCGU